CUCAUUUUCUGAAGUCUAUUGUGCGUGCAAAUUGACCUCCAUCACCAAUUCACAACCACAACAGAAUCCCUCAUUAUACAUACAUAUAUAUAUAUAUACACACACAUUACCAAGGAGAAACUAAACAUAGUAAAGAUAACAACAUAAAAGAAAAGAAAAGACACUCUUCUUUCUUCCUCUUUUUGCUCUCUUCAUCAAGAAUCUCAAUGGCUACUUCUUCUACCACUACAACUCCAAGAUAUGGUCAAAGAGACACCACAUUUUCCACCCCAAUUUUCACUCCUUCUCACUCUUCCAACUCUUCCUUUGGAUCACUUUCUUUCCAUGAUCAUCAUGAUUCCCCUUUUAGCCCUUUUCAAUUUUCUACCAAGGGAGUGCCAUUUUCUUGGGAAAACAUUCCUGGAAUUCCAAAGCAACAAAUUUCAAGGAAAAAUAGCUCUUCUUUAAGGCAACUAUUACCAUUGCCACCACCAGCUGGAAAUCCUCCAAAUUCAGCCAAGAAAACACAAAGGGUUCGCGACGAAUUUUCUCCAAGAAAGAGUACUGCUAGUGAAAGCUUUAAGAAGGAUCCAUUUUUUGCAGCAUUUGUGGAGUGUUCCAAGGAUCAACAAGAAAAUCAUGAGAAUUUUAGUAACAUGUGGAAGAGUACUACUUCUUCACCAAAGGUAGUGGCAUCAUCAACAAGAAGUUUAAUUGACAGAUUUGGAGUGAUAAGCAUGUAUGCAUCUUGUAAAAGAACCUGUACUGUUUCAGAAUCCAUUGUUUAUCUUCCAAGAUCAAGAAAUUAUGGUCUCCUUAAUACUCGUCGAACAAGCCGAUAAAAAAAAAGUCAAUUUGAGUCGAGGGUAUAUCUGAAACUUCUCUAUCUUUACAAGGUAGGAGUAAGGUCUGUGUACACUCUAUCCUCCAUAUACUCCACUUAUGUACCAUUACAGUGGGUAAGUUAUUAUUGUUGUAAUUAGGGUCAUUGGCCAUUAGCCAAAGGGUCAUGACUCAAGUUCUACAUCCAUAACAGUUUGGUUUUCGAGAUAUUAUUGUAAGUUUCUCAACUUGUUUGAGAUUAAGACGUAAUUAAUUUGUUGGCAUUUUUAUGAUCAUAAUUAAGACAUAAUUAAUGUUAUUGUACAGUUGUACUUUA